ACUCCUCUGUCGCAUCUCCUACGUCAUCACUGUUGGCGGUAUUUUGAAAAAGCAGCAGCAUCUGUUGUUGUGGUCCGAGAAGUGGAGAAAACCUGUGGAUUUUAUCAAUAUGGCUGAGGUGAAAGCAGGCGGCCAGCUGUCAGAAGCUGCUCAGUCUGAGCUGCUGGACCUGUGUGAGGAUCAGUUUGCUCAGCUGGAAAAGCUUCAGAAUGAGAUUAUACUGUGUGAACAAGAUUCCUGUGAGACUCCACUAGAACAGUCAGUUAACAGACUGAUGGCAACAGAAUCUGAACUGAAGCAGUGGCUGACAGUGGAGCCCAAAUUGCUCGCACAAAAUCCUGAAAUUUUAUUUCAAGCUGGAAAAGAGGAGAUGCUGAAGCUGUGCUCUGAACUUGAGAUGGUUGUUUCUUGUUAUGAAGCCAAGAGAGACAAACUGAGAGAGAGUAAAGAACUUGAACAGAAGUGGCUGGAGGAGAAGAAGGACGUGCUGAUAGCUGCCAGUGAUCAUGUUGAAAGACUGCAAAUGGAAAAGGAGAAAUUAUCAGAGUACAGUGUAUUACAGGACACAAAGGCAAAAAUCCAGAAGAUGAAGGUCUACCAGGAAAGGCUGAUGGAGUCGCUGGGUGACAUCCUGGAGAAGCAUGUUCCUCUUCCUCAAAAUGAGUCCAGUGCGAGCAAGAAGAAGAAGAACAUUGCACAUGAGAUACAUGAAGACCUGAUUUCACUCAAUGAAAUUCUGGAGGUGCUCAUGAACAAGGUCCUGAACACACCACACGACCCUUAUGUGACAAUAGACGACACAUUCUGGCCUCCGUAUGUAGAAAUGCUGCUCCGCUAUGGGAUUGCAGUGAGGCAUCAGGAGAAUAACUUUAAGAUCCGCCUGGAAACCUUUUUCUAAGCCACUGGUGCAUUAGGCCUUUCAAGCACUUAUCUACGAGUGUUUCUAAUUCGAGUCUGCUUGUGCAGUGCAGUCAAGCUGAUAUGAAGGCUAACUAUGCUGGGAAAGCAAAGGGGCAAGUGAUUAACUUUAUAUGUGUAUCACAGUUGCAAGAUGCAGUUGUUUUUUUUAUUUGUUCAUUUAUGCCUCAAGUACUUUUUUAGGUCAAGAUGUGUUCUGUACAUACAGAAUAAUUAUGUGUAAUUCAUAAAGUCGAAGAAAACCCAUACAUUGUAGUUUUUGCUAUUUGUAGCAUUGGAACUUGGUUUAAUACUAGAAAGAUUUUAAAUUUUAUACACUGAACAAAAACAAACACAGCAUGCAAAUAGUCUUCUGACUUCUGUUUUGAGGUGAAAAACUUUUAAUUUGUGUUGUUCUGAUUAGAGAAAUAUUACUUUUAACCAUUUGUGCAUAAAAGUAUUUUUAAGCUUUUCAUCUGGUGACAAAUUCUCGCCUAUUAAGUUAAUCUACAUCCUGAUCAGGUGUGGCUUUUAAAGACAAUGCUCAGAUAGUGUGACCAGUACAUACCAGUGACUAUAAAAGGUCUUGUUAAAAUGCAGCUUUAUUCAAAUGAAAGUAUGCCACAGAUGACAAGACAAAAUUGAGAGCAGACAGGAUGCUGGCAUAUCAGUAAACAGAUACUUAAAUGUCCAGAAAAAUAGUUUCGGGCACUUUGGCAAAGCACAAUCAUGUCCCCCAAAAUGUCCACCAACUUCAUCAAGACCUUUAGAAAAAGUGGUAAUACAUUCCACAAGCCAGCAAUGACAACCUCAUUAGCUUGACGUGUUUCAGAUGUGUUUCCGACUUGUGAUUUCUGUCCUAUAACAUUACAUCUGCCCAUUAUUGUUUUCCAUUUAUACUUAUAGUGCGGACUUGGUUGUUUCAUCCAUCCAGUGGUAGAAAUGUUGUGUGUUGGAACAAAAAAAAAACUAAUUCUCAUAUGUUAAAAAGAAUUGGCAGAAUUUAGUUAUAUAUUACAUACUGUGUUAAUAUUUUUUGUUCAGUAUAUAUUGCUUUUUUCACCAGAUUUGUUUUCAUCAGUGUUCUUAAAAUCUGUUUUUCACGUUUUAAGAUGACUUUCAUUUUUUUCCUCUAACUUUCUUUAAGACUCAAUAAUGUACUGUAUAUAUGUAGAUUUUGCUCAUGUUCGUUUUUUUUUUAAUGUUUUAUUGUUCAUAUUCAAUAAACUUCCUAUAUUAUGUUGUUA